GUGCAUCAUCGCGAGAGUGACGUAUGAACGGCAGAAGAGACGAAAACGAAAGAAAAGCCUUUCUGUGCCGUUGUUAUCUUCUAUCGUACUUGAAGAAUGGAGACAAACGGCCAGGCUAAUGGGCUUAAAUCAAAAAAGAAAGAAAACGGAGACGUCAAGGACAACCUAUGGUCUUCGAUAUUAGAAGAGGUUCAAAACCAAGGGAACACAAAACUACCUUCAAACAAAAAUGUUUUAGUUUUGGGUGACAAUGAGACUGGUAAAACUACAUUGGUAGCGAAAUUACAAGGAGUAGAAGACCCUAAAAAGGGUUCCGCACUCGAAUAUGCGUAUAUAGACGUUAGAGAUGAAUAUCGAGAUGAUCAAACACGUCUCAGUGUAUGGGUGCUGGACGGAGAUCCAGGGCACACAAACCUCCUCAAGUUUGCCCUCAACGAGGAGACAUUCCCUCACACGCUGGUCCUCCUCACGGUUGCCAUGACAACGCCGUGGGGUAUACUAGACCAGUUGCAGAGCUGGGCAUCAGUGCUCGGUGACCACAUAGACAAAUUAGAUCUCACACCAGAACAAAGGUUACAAAGUAAAAAGCAACAAGUACAGAAAUGGCAGAGGUAUACGGAGCCGGGCGACGAGCUCGAGCCCACAGCGUCGUCACCAAUGAAGAGGUCCUCCCGAAAUCUUUCGGACGACUUCGAGAACGGGGACGAUGACGACAGCCCCCUGCCAGAAGGAGUACUUACUACUAAUCUAGGUCUUGAUAUUGUAGUUGUGGCAACUAAGACUGACUACAUGAGCACCCUAGAGAAAGAACACGAUUAUCGCGACGAAAACUUUGACUUCAUGCAGCAGUGGAUCCGAAGGUUCUGUCUUCAAUACGGAGCCGCUCUCUUCUACACCAGCGCCAAGGAGGAUAAGAACUGUGACCUGCUAUACAAAUAUCUUACUCACAGGAUAUAUGGGUUGCCGUUUAGGACGCCUGCCCUUAUUGUGGAAAAGGAUGCAGUUUUGAUACCGGCUGGCUGGGACAGCAUGAAGAAAAUUAGUAUAUUGUAUGAGAACAUGCAGACGUGUAAGCCAGACGAUUACUACAGAGAUAUUAUCGUGCAGCCCGUUAUACGGAAAAGCGGCGCGAACCGCGAGGCGGAGGUCCAGGCGGAGGACGAGCAGGCGUUCCUGCAGCGUCAGCUGGCCGCGCUGCAGGCCGGCGCGCCCGCACCACGCGCCGACUCCCCGCUCCGCGCCACGCAGAGGUCCGCCGCACAGCUGGACGGCGCCAAGAUCGGCAUGGGUCCGGGCACGCCAGGCAACGAGGGCGUGCUGGCGAACUUCUUCAACUCGCUGCUGUACAAGAAGACAGGGUCCCCGGCGGGGCGCGGCGACGCGUCGCCCGCGGCCGCCGCGGCGCGGUCCGACGCCGCCGCCGAGCUCGACCGUCUCACGCGCGCCAAGCCGCGCCCCGCCGCGCCCCCGCCGCCCAUCGACCUCAACUCAUCCUCGGACUGCUAGCGCAAUCCACAGGUAAACGUAGUGCGGCGGGCUUAAAGGUCCGUAAUCGCGCCGCUAUCUGAGCGCCGACGAUCCUACACGCUGGCUUCUACUGCAGUCCGCCACUCGGUAAGCUACCGUUACACAAGAGAUUCCUCGUGGCUUACAUCGGCGACAUACGUAUCGGUUUAUACUUAACGCGUGGUCACGCGGAUUUUUGAAAGAUUGCCUCAAUUAUUCCAAUUUAUCCCUUCGACCUUGUAAACGCAUAAUAAAUAGAGAUAAGUCUACACUUGACAGAUUUUCUCUGUCUUUGCGCCUUUCGUUUUAAGGCAUCCUAAGUUUUGCAGGUCGCAAAUAUUUGAUAGCUAAGCGGGCUAUGUCGACAUUUCAAAUGCGAUAUUCUCGUCACUAGUUUAUCGGGUAUUUGCGCAAAGUAUAAGCUAAAAGAAAAGCGCUGCCUUAAAACAAAGGUCAUGUUCCAACUGCUUUGCUAAUUCAAUUCACAUUUAUACCGCACUUAAUAUCCAUUACCGCCCCAUAAUCAAGUGAAUCUCUAGAUCAACGUAGAUACAACGAAUCCGUGAAGUUUUUGUGUUACAAACACAAAUAAAUAAAUAUUUUAGUAGCUGUUAGUUUAUUAAGGCAGCUCUGAUGUGUCAGUCUUUCAAAAAACGUUCCAAAUGUCGGCGAGAGUUGUACACUGCGAUUAAUGUUGCCAAUUUACAUUUUUUAUGCAAAGUAUUAAUCGCGUUGUCAAAUUGAAUUGUUGUGAUAUCUGUUUUUUACUUGAAUUUUCAAUAUAUUUAAAUGUCUAUUGAUGAUUUCAAGCCCCGUUUAUCAUUUGCGCAAAUGUUGCGCAAAGCUGCGCAAAAUUAAGUCAACUAGCUGUCGUAAUUGAGUUUUAUUGUCUCGUUAUUAUAAGUAGUUAUAAUUUCAAUUACAAUACCUUUUGAAAUUUGAUAAACUUCACAGUAUGCAGUAUAAUUUUCACAGUAUGCAACUCUCUGCCGACAUACCACGACAUAGAAUCACCAUGAUAACCAACAAUGGCGAUUAGUGAUUGUAUUAUGUAACGACAAUUUAGAUUUUAUAAUAAUUAAUAAUAUUGUAAAAUUAACUCGUUAGGGCUUGGGACAUUGUGGGUUUGAGAUUUUGGGACCUAGGUUCAAAUAAAUCUCGAUUUAAAAUUAAUCUAGUCUGAAAAUUAGUAUUAUUACGAUAUGUAAAUUGUAAGUAACGAUUUUUCUGCUAUGUUUUUGUUAAAUCGAAAUUUGUUGAACCCAAGAGAUUAAUAAAGAUAAACUUGGAUUAUCUUGAGUCGGGCAAAUUAGUUAUUCAGGUUUUAGAUGAUAAAUAAUUGGUACUAAUAUUGAGUCUUAAUGACUCGCUCUCUAUUAUGUAAUGUAUCUAUAACUAUUGAAAAGGCCCGUUCGGGUAGUAAGAUUCUUAAUAGAGGAAAGUUAUGAACGUAAAAUAUAAAAUAUUUCUUAUCAGUAUUUGUAUAAUUAGAAAUUUGUAUGUAGCUUUGCAGUUUUGUGUCAUUCCAAUUUCAAUGUAGCUUUUAUUUUGUAAGUAAAUUGCACCAAAUCUUUCGAUAUCCCAACGGAUUAUUGCUUUGCUUUACACAUGCUGAAUGCACAUAAAAGUAAAGUCUUAGAGUCAAUUCAGACCCCGGUCUUGUGGCGCAUCAAAAUGUCACAGCAAAUUCACCCUUAAGUCCAUAACAAGUAAUAAAACAGACGCUCAAAUCACGUCAAAAGUCCUGUUUUUAUCUCACAAGGAAUUUGCGCAUUAUUUGUUAAGGGCUAAGAGUGAAUUUGCUAUGAUAUUUCACAUUCAUACUUCAAUGCGCUUGCGAAUCUGCGCUAAAUAUUAAAUUUUUAAAGAAAAAAAAACGAUUUUAUUAAAAUCAUUAAACCCAAAUGUCCCAUCCCUAGAUAUAGGAACAACUAUCAUACAUUUCCAUUUCUAUCGAAACUAAAUGCGAGUUUAAUUUUCUAAUUAAAACGCAGCCUUUAUUUGUAACAUUUGUUUUAUGAUAUUAAAAUAAGUAUUUAUUUAGAUAGUCUUUUUGUAAAUGUUUGGUAACACUAAUCUUUUGGGGCGACAUCUGUGAAUCAAGAAGAUGAAUUAAUCCCUUCAAUUUAGUCGCUCUCUGGACUGGUGUGAACUGUCAAAUAGCAGUGAAAAGCAAACAGAACAGUCCUUAUUGACAAAAUAAAGGUGUUUCCUGUUUGACAGAAUGUCCAAGAAAGUCUUAACACAAUUUUAAGCUUUCUUGCUAAUUCGAUAAAUUCGAUUUUGUAAUGAAAUUUGUUCCAUAUAAAAUUAUGUCUCCUUACACAGUAUUGAGACUGCCCAAAUAGAUUCGUGUUACGAAACACUAAUUUGGAAAACGACACGAAAUAAAAAAAUAAUCCUAGUGAAAGGUUUUGGUAUCAUCUGAGAUUACGGAGGUCUUGACGAGAUCCUCCAAAAGACUGGCGGUGCAAUGACAGAUGGUUUUAUGCACAAUGAAGUCACUAUUUGUACAAACCAUUCAACAGUGUAUGGCUAAUAAUUAUUUAUAUAUGUUGUAAAACUUUUUUUAAAUAAUUGUUUUUUUUUUUUGCUCGUCCUGUAUUUUAGAUUCGCUUCCUAAAUUGGACUCAAUGGUGACCUUUAUUGUGUUGUGGUAACCGAAUUUAUUUAUUAUGGAAAUAUAUUAAUUAUUUGGAAUAUUUUUUUUACUAUCCCAAUCCUUAUCUAUUGUUGUUUUUACAUUGUGACUGUAUUAAUUGGAUUUUGUUCUCAUGUGGUGCAAUACUGAACAUUCCAAACCUGGUUUGGUGCUUAUUGUAAUAGUAAAAUUAUUAUUAAUUAUACAAUGGAGUUUCAUUUAACGUUUCUUGCCUGCGCUCUCUCUCGCGUCGAUCGGACGGCUUGCAUUAAAGGUCACUAUUAUUCCAACAAAACAUUCUUAUUUUAAACCAAAAAUAAAUUUUGUUACAAAGUACGGAUUCAUAUCUUAGAGUACUUAACAAUAUAGUAAAUUCAAAUGGUAACAGAAGUAAGAGCAUGGCUUUUCCUUAACUUAAUAAGUAUUUAUAUUGAUUAAUUAAAUAUCUUUCAAUUUAUAACUUAUUAACGAAUAGCUUAGGUAUUAAUUAAUUUUAGCAAAGUGUUUUUUGACAAACUUAUAAUAUGCACGCUUUUGUAAUACUGUGUUGAUCUCCAUCUUCGAGUUUAAGUGCUCUGGCAGCUAGAAAUGUCUAUAAUUUGUUCUAUAAAUUUCGUUUUAAUGCAAUAUCAAUUGAUUUAUAAAUACCUACGCAUACAGCGUGUAAACGUUCCUAGUGAACUACAAAUAAUUAAUUUUAUUUCCAUAAAAAAUGUAACAGGAGUAUAGGUUUUUCAGUUAAUGCAUACUCAGCGUAGCUUUCGAUAGUGUUAAUAAUAAAUAAUUUUGUCAAAAAUCACAAAAUAAAUAUGUUAUAAUAAUAAACUCAUUUGUAUGAUAGAGGCGAGGUAUUGGCAAGUUUUGAUAUGAAAUAUUUGUACAAGUAAAUGAUGUGGUUUGAAGCUAAAGGCUGGAUUAUUGUCUAUUUUUAUAAGAGGGAUUAAAUGUUAGGUGGCUAAAAUGCAUAAUUUAUAACAUAGAUAUACAUGUAUCAUGUGAACCGUGGACGGUUUCUUCGAUUAUUUUGACCGGAUAAUUUGAAGUGGUACUUCUAUCUAUAUAGUUGUUAAAGGAAGUGUCUCCGUGUUAACGUGGUCGUCUAUUUAUACGUAUAAUAUUUAUUAUGGAUAGUAAUCAAGUAUUUUUAUAUAACUGCAGUGUAACCCUAUGUACUAACUUGACAAAAUUCGUGUACCUAUUCAACAAUGAUGAUUCGAUAAUACAAAUGUCGCUGAUAAUUUUUGUUGCUCAUUUACUUUCUGUAUUUUAACAUUAUUUUAUAUACUAGUCAAAUAACAGUUGGUUUUAUAUCGAUUAACGACUACCUAUAUCUCUUUCUGUGAUAUAUUUUUUAUGUAGAACAAAAUGAUUUCCUUGUAACGUGUUCUUUACAUCAUGUGUUAAUUAGCCACAUAACAUCCUCAUAUAGGCAUAGAUUAUUGUUGUUUCCCGCUCAACUGUUAAAAGAAAGACAAAAACCUUUUUUGUUGAACUUUGUUUAGUUUAUUUAAAAAAAGAAAACGCAACUAUAAAUUUAAUUCAUUAUUUUUUCGAUAAAUUUAAAAAAAGUACCUAUUUAUUAAAAUAGACUAUAAAAUUAAUAGUUGGCUGUUUAAUAAAACAAUGCCAUUUCGGUUGUAAUUAAAACAGUUGAAGCUAAAAGGCUUAGUGAUUAGUUAGAUUCUCAGAAGAUAAUUUUUGUUACGCUUUGCAAUAGGUUAGAUUUCAAUAUUUAAUAGCAGAAACAUUUUAGUUUAACUAUGUUAUUUAAAGAAAAAUAUUACUAAUCUAUAAGCGAUGCGCGAUGGUCUAAUGGCCAAGGUCGAACGAUUAAUUUGUAUUUGAGUGUAUAAAAAGUAUUUAUGAUAAUAUGGAAUUUUAAAAAUUGUAAUAAAAUGCAGACAGUGGGCAUCCAUAUUUAUGUACUGGUGACAUGAAUAUUAUGUUUUCCAUCUCACUAUUUGGGUGUAAUAUAAUCGGUCAGCAGCUUUGUGGGCCAAAGAUUUAUACUAACGCCUCUAGCUUAAAUUUAAUUCAUAUUUAUUACCAUUUUAUCAAUACCUCUAACAGCACUCUUGCUACUAUUUCCAAAAUAAAUCGUCAAUUCAGUCAAAAGUCAUUCUAAUUGGGAGAAGUAUGACUAAAUUAUAUUAGAUACUUGUAAAAUCUUGACAGAAGCUGCCAAAACAUACAUAGAUGGCGCUCCAAGCGUAUUAGGCUCUACCAGAAAAUAUUUAGCUUAACCUCAUCCAAAACUGUUUUUUUUGUAAUAUAACUAGGCAAUAGUAUAAAUUUUUGGCUCCCAAACUUUCAAAAUCUUAUCACACACUCAUCUCUGUAAAUUUAUUUCCUUUUACAGAGCUAAUGCAGUGAUUUAUCAACACUUUUGUAGCGGCGGUUAUGUCUAAUGUAAGCUUAUAGGCGAUACUAUGUACAUAAUUUGAAUAAACUAGCAUGGAAACUGUUCUGAUCAA